AUGCAAAACAACAACAACAUGAAGGCUAUUUAUUCUCUGGCACAAUUCAUUCGGUUUUGCACGCUCGUGUUUGCCAUAUGUUUUUAUUGUGGUAUCAUGACGAUCGGAUUGAUACUUUUAACUCCUUUGAAAUAUUUUGGAUUUGGAGAUUUGGUUUUUAAGAUUUAUUGUAUGUGGGCCGGAAGAGGAUAUUGGACGUUUAUAUUUGUAUUGGAACAAUUGGAUCAGGUUGAGUUGAUUUGGUAUGGCGACAAAAUUCCAAAAUAUGAGAAUAGUAUUUGUAUCUCGAAUCAUGUCGCAGAUACGGAUUUUAUAUUGAUUCAAACAUUUGGAAUGAGAAAAGGAAUGCUCGGACAUACAAAAUUCAUGAUGAAGGAAAUUAUCAAAUAUGUUCCUGGUGUUGGAUGGGGAUGUUAUUUAUUAAAUCACAUUAUGAUGACUCGUAAUUGGACAAAAGACAAGGAUUCCAUUGCUAAAGUUUUCGGAAAUAUCAAGAGUCACAAAAUACCUGUUUGGAUUAUUUCAUUCCUGGAAGGAACGAGAUUCACUCCUCAAAAGUUAGAAGCUUGUAAAAAAUUCUGUGAAAAAAAAGGAAUUAAGCCGACCGAAUAUGUAUUGACUCCAAGAGUGAAAGGGUUCAAAGCAACUGUCUCUAAUUUUGCAGAUUCUCACAUUGAAUACGUCUAUGAUUUUACUAUUGCUUACGAAGAUGGACCUGUGUCAAUUAUGCAGCUCAUGAGAAAACCAUUUAAAGGAAAGAGAAUUCAUAUUCACGUGCGCCGUAUUCCUAUCAAGGACAUUCCUUAUGACGAUGAUGAAAAGAUUGAGAAAUGGGUGUAUGAUUGUUUUUACAGAAAAGAUGAAAUGCUGAAAGAAUUCCAAAAAACCAAGUCUUUCGGCGAGGCUUUACACGAGCCCUAUAAUUAUGAAGAUUUCAUAACAGAACCUUUGAAACGAAUGUCAAAGCUUUAA